GUAAGCUGACAGAACAGAGCAGCUCCAGGCUAGCUCUUCCAGAGUGGAGUCACAAAUAACCCAGCACUUUAUGACAACACAGGUUAAAAACUGAAGAGAAGAGUCAGACUACCUGAUCUGUAACCAUGAUUGGUGAGUUGAUCAGUGUCGGUGUUCUCCUUCUUGGAGCUGUGUCAUCUCAAUUUUCACCAGAUCCAUCUUCACCUUCCACAUUGAUCUCUGAUGAACGACUAUGUCGGAUUUACAACUUUGGUCUGUCAGCAGACUGUCAAGGAAGACAGCUAGAUUUUGUUCCAUGGAGACAACUUCCAGUUACACUUGAAAGCAUUGACCUCUCUUAUAAUGGGCUUCAUGUUAUCAGUGCAGCUGACUUCCAGAACUUCCCUCAGCUUCGCAACCUUCUGCUGCAGUACAACAACAUUUCACACAUUGCCAAUGAGGCUUUUAAAAAUAACCCAUUACUGGAGUAUCUCAAUAUUUUUAAUAACUCAUUACAGGAAAUUCCUGCUUCACCUCUGACAUCCCUCCCCAAUCUGAAGGAGCUCUUCAUGUCAAAUAACCUUUAUAGACAUGCAACUUUAGCGGACAGUUUCUCUAAAUUAGUCAGACUAAAAGUUCUGUCCUUGGGUGGCCCUUUGGUGUUGGGACUAAAAAAAAAAGAUUUUCAGCCCCUGGAAAACAUUCAGUUACAAAGUUUUGCCAUCAAGUGCUCAUCUAAUUUAAGUUACUAUGAGCCAGGAAGCUUAGCAGUCAUCCACACAAAACAGAUGGGCUUUGACAUGGCGAUCGAUCAACGACCGGAUGCUCUCCAUCAUAUGCUACGUGAUCUCGCCAACAAAACACUCAGUGCCAUUCAAUUCCGCAACCUGUUUGAAUUCACAUACUACAAGGGUGAUGAAGACAUUUUUCUGAACUUAAAAGACAUUAGAGCAUUUCAGCUCAUCUUUCACAGAGGCAAGUUCAAUGAAAAUCUCCUGAAGAUGGCAUUAUUGAACUUACAAGUGACUCCCAUCAAACGGCUUAGACUUCAGUACAUUGACUUUGCUCGUUCACCAACAUUUGUCGACAGCGGAGCAGGUUCUAGCAUAACCAAGCUGAGUCUGGAUAACUUGGAUCUUUGGUAUAUCAGCAAUCCUGAUGUGCUGCGAUUUGACUGGCGCUUCACCUGGUUCAAGAGAAUAAAGCAGCUCUCUAUUCAGUAUGUGUAUUUCAACAGUGUGCCUUGUGACUCCUGGGCUGAGAUGGAAGGUGUGGAGCUAUUAGAUGUUUCAAACAAUCGAUUGAAUAAUGAUGUUCUCUACAACAAGCGGUGCAAUUACAAAGGUUCCAUGCCAAAUCUUCUCACCUUCAACCUAAGCACCAAUGAGUUGACCAGUCUAGGAGACCUAUCAUCUCUGACAAAGAUGUUCAGGAAGCUGCAGGUACUGGAUCUCAGCAACAACAAACUGGGAACUGCAAAAGAAAGUCGACACUGUGUUUGGACACAAAAUAUAACUCGUUUCAUUGCACACCACAACUACUUUUCAAGCGAAGUAUUUCAUUGUCUUCCUACCACUGUUUCUUACUUGGAUCUGUCCGACUGCAACAUGGACCAGCUGGACUUGACCUACUUUAAGAAAGCCAUAAACCUAAAAAUUCUGUUACUGAGUGGGAAUAAAAUUAAGUUCAUCCCAUCUAAGUGGGAGUCCCCAUCUCUUCAGUUUUUAGCUUUGGAUGGAAAUUCUUUUGGACUGAUAAGUAAGGCAUCCUUUCAACAUAUGCCUCAACUGUCUCAGCUCAGGGCAGGAAACAAUCCUUACCAUUGCACUUGUGAGCUUCACGCUUUUGUCCAGGAAACCAUUGCAAUUGGAAAGGUUAAUCUCACUGACUGGCCAUUGAAUUACAGAUGCUAUCACCCAGAAUCAUUCCUCAAUACCUCAAUAUCCAAAUAUUUUCCUGGUCAAGUAGCGUGUGACAUCAGACUUGUUAUCAUCAUUUCUGUUGCAACCACUGCCAUUGUGAUCUUGAUAUUUGUUCUUAUUUGCUAUAUUUUUGACCUCCCCUGGUACACUAAAGCCACGUAUCAGAUCAUACAAGCCAAAUACAGAGCACACAAGGAAAAUCUAGCAGGGGAGAUUGGGAACUUCAACUACCAUGCCUUCAUAUCCUACAGCCACUCAGAUGCUGACUGGGUGAGGGACCAACUCUUACCCUGUUUGGAGAACAACAAGAACCCCUAUCGUCUAUGUAUUCAUGAACGGGACUUUAUGCCAGGAAAAUGGAUCAUUGACAACAUAAUUGAGAACAUUGAAAGCAGUCGAAAGCAGGGACUGGUGCUUCUCUGCGGAGGGAGGUGCUUAUCUGAUUGUGGCUUGGACAGGCAGACCCCAUAUAAACUGAUGAGAGGAAAACUCAGCAGCAGAAGACUCUUUGGUCAGGAACUAUUUGCACCACGAUUCAAGACUGCAAAAAUGUCUUCCACUCUGCAAGGAGCCAUGGAAGACCUUAUCAAGGUCUUUUACCGCUACUCAGGAAACGAAGGUGACAAGUACAAGUUGAACAAGAAGGAGCUAAAGAAGAUGCUCCAGGAGGAACUCUCCGAAUUCCUGAAUGGUUCAAAUGAUCCUGCAAUGGUUGAGAAGAUUAUGACAGGCCUAGACGACAACAAAGAUGGCGAAGUGGACUUCCAGGAGUUUGUGGUUUUGGUCGCUGCGCUGACUGUGGCUUGCAAUGAGUUCUUCGUGGAUUGUCUUAAAGAGAACAAGGGCUCAAGCUAAGCUGGAAAGUUGGUUCAUUGAAUAUAACAGGAUCUACAAAUGUGGAAAUGGUGUAUAUCCUCACAAAUAAUUUGCAUUUACCUAAUCAUCAUUGGUCUGCCAUCUUUAAUAAAACAUAGUGUUUAACUUG